UGUUCAAACCAAAUUCGAGUGAGUGUUUGUUUAACCUCGAUAAAUUUCUAUAAAAUCUUGAGCAAAAGUCUUGCAAGACAAACUAGAAGGAAACGGAAACACUAUACGUGUCUAGAUAAAAAACAUUCGAAAAUGGCAUCAUUAUAUCGCCCUCGCCCCAAGUGUAAAAAGAUUGCAAGUAGCAGUGGCAAUGCUAACACAGAUCGACGACACUGUUACAUGUGCAAGAUGCCAUUUGUCCCAGAUAUUCCAUUGUCAGAAGAAGAAAUCAAAACAUACGUUGUGGAUGAUGACCUUCCAACUCCGUUGCACCUGCUCAUCCCUCUGGCUCAACAAGGUCUCAAGGAAAUGUGCACCUAUUAUCACAUAGACCAGGACACUGUUCUCAACAAGCAGUCUCUCGACGAUAAGACGGGCACCUUUGUGAAGGACUUUUUACCAGUCAAUGACGCAUUUUGCCUGCUUUGUGUCCGACAUUUGGCUCAUGUCGGGCGAAUGAAGGAAGACAUAGAAUGUCUGACAAAAGCCAAGCUUCAAAAGUUGGAAGCUUUGGGCGAACUGAUGACUGUGAUGAAGGAAAAACACCGAUAUUUUGACUCUCCCCCAAAAAAGAAGAAGAAAUUGGCCUUAGAGAGAAAGAAAGAUAAGGAUUACGACAGUGACCAAGACAGUAUGGCAGGGGAGGACACGCCUUGGGCUGAAUUGAGAAAAGGAGUAGUCAAAAAUUAUAUUGAAACGUAUGGAAAUCCGAUCGUGAAAGUACCAGAGCCAUACGUACACGAGUACGUCGACUUGAUCAGCAGCGACAGCAGUGACAGCAGCAGCAGUGACGACGAUGAGCCGGUUCAAAGUGUUGACAAUGCGGAAGCAGACGAAACAGACAAGUCUUCAGACGAAGCUGCUAAGGAAAAUCGUUCCUCUGGGUAUCAAAGUGAUCCAGAUGACGACCUUUCCUGUCAAUUUCUAGAUUUUGAAAGUAUUAAACCCACCCAUUUACAAAAGGCACAACAAUUACGGCACCACUUUACCGAAACUGAUGGUCAUCUCAUCUGCUCCAAGUGUGGAGCUUGGGUCACUCGAAAUAAGGUUCCCGUUGGAGAGAAUGCAGAAACUAAAAUUUUGAUGCAUAUUUUCGACAAACAUUUCCCAGAGUUUCACAAUCUUUAAAUUACAACAGCCAGGAUCAUAUUUGCCUUAUCAAGAAAAUUGUAUGCUAGAUACAUAAAACGUUGUACAAAUGAAAAUUAGACCUCAAUCAAAUUUCUAUCUCCACUUGUAAACUACGUAGAACUAUUGGAAGAAAAAUUGUAUAUUUUCUGCUGCAUCUGCAUGGCUAAUUAAUAAUUAUGAUACUCUGCUUUGUAAUUGUUAUACAAGUUUUGUGACACUAUAACUCUAAUCCUAAGCUUUAUCAGUCCAUUUAAUAGCUAGUCGUUUGCAGUGGAAACAAAAUAUUUAGACUGAUUUUCAAA